CUUUCUGUCAGUCUUGUUUGUGUGUUUUCCUUUCUGUCACUCUUGUGUGUUUUCGCUUCUGUCAGUCUUGUUUGUAGGUUUUUCCCUCUGUCAGUCUUGUUUGUAUGUUUUUACCUCUGUCUUGUUCACGUUUGUUGUACAGCUCUUCUCUCUGGGCACACGCUGCAAGCCCAAUCAAUGCAGCCGAAUUAACAUUCCAUUCCUCAUUAUAAAACACAUUUAAUUAAUCAAUAGGCCUACAUAGAGAGGUAAUGGACUAGAAAUGUAUUAGUCAAAUGCGCUAAUCAAAGGACGGGAAGUCUGUUUCCAAACCAAAAAAAUAAGUUGAAGGAGUAUGGUGAAGUUGUCUGGAUAUGACCCUGUUAUGACUUUUUGUGUGAUGGACAUUAAAAUAACACUUCACAGACAAACACUGUGUUGCUGACUAACUGGCUAAACAGCAGAACAGUGAGGUUCCAACUGUCUUUAAAAAUUGAUGACAUAACGAGAUUUUCUUAUUUAAUUAUUGAUGGGGACGAUUAUCCUGGGAGACAAUGGCAGGUAUCCACGAUCUCUUCCAAUGGGUGCCAUGCUUAUAACAAGGCUACUUGGUUUAUCAUGAUAAAGAAACGCUCUACAUUUUAAUGUUACUUCCCGACUUCCCUUAUCGCUGACAAACAUAUUAUGUCCGAUGAAAUUUGAAUUACAGUGAGAAUAAAUAACUUUUUUGUCAUUCACUACCUCACCCAAUAGCCUACAUUGUAGUAGUCUCAAUUCCUAAUCCCAGACAGCUGCAUGAACAGUUGCAUCGAAUCUUAGGUAGAUGUUUUUUUUUUUUCUAAAAACAAAUGCUAUCCAUACACCCGACUGGUAAAUCAUCCCGGCAUAUUUUUGAGUUUCCUUACUGAGUUGGUAGAAUUACAUGGGUGAUAUGUUCACCGACGGGGGAGCAAUGCAAUGCUUGAUAACUGAGCGUAAAGGCCAAAGGGCACAAGGCUGUGGAAACUGUUUAAGUGACGUUUUCAGAAGCUGUGUAUUGUGGUCCGGUGUUGGCAACUUGCUAUAUGUAAAUAUCAAAUCGCAAGGUGGCCAGCAAUAUGGUCAAAUGCGUUUGAUGCCUUAGCUUAUUCUAUCCAUUACCAUGCUUGAUCUUAUUAGCCUACUUAUUUUUGGUGGUUGUUUAUUUCAACAUAUACAAAAUAAAACCUACGAACAAAAGAUUUGUGUGUAGGCCAAUGAUAUUUGAAGUUGUUCGAUAAUAGUAAGGCGUGAACUACGUAAGCAUGUCAUGUAGAUUUAUUUUGAGGUCACGACAAUAAUGAAUAUAUUAAUCAGGCAGAAACCCACCCCCUCUCCAGUAGUGAGUUGUAUUUCAUUUAUUUUUUACCGCGGUAUACAGAGGUGGUGAGUGAGACAGCUCUGGAACCAGGGCAGCAUGAACACGAUGGACAGUUUGCAAGUUUGACUUUGAAUGGCAACGUCCAAGUCCAGAUUCACGGACCAAACUGCGGGACUAUGCCCCGCGUCGAUGUCACUGUGGAUAAAAGUUUAUCAGAAGUAGAGAUAUACGAUAACAUCUGUGGCGAAAUGGCAGAGCGUGGCGGCGAUGGCAACAACGUGCUCAGCCUCCCGGUUCCAAUGCGGCGGGGGGGUUCAGAGUCCAACCUUUUGGCUGAUGGGGGCGAGGGGGGGGUGGGCCUGGACUUCACCAAGGGCCGCCUGGCGAUCGACAGCCUGCAGCAGAAGAUUCUUAAGGUCACGGAGCAGAUCAAGGUGGAGCAGACGGCCAGGGACCAGAACGUGGCGGAGUACCUUAAACUAGUCAACAACGCUGACAAACCCCAGGUGGCUCGCAUACGCCAGGUGUUUGAGAAAAAGAACCAGAAGUCUGCCCACAGCAUCGCCCACCUGCAGAGGAAGCUGGAGCAGUACCACCGCCGCGCGAAGGACCAGGAGGCCAACGAGGCCAAGCAUCCCCCCAGGGAGGCCAAGGGGGAGGGGAGCAAGGAAGGCCAGAAGGACGGUAGCCUGCGGGAUGUCAGCUCGGCGAGCAGCCGCCACUCGGCCCUGGAGAAGGUGAAGACCAUUGGCCCCGGGGUCUCCCUCUCGCCCCCCUUCUUCUUCAACAAGUCGCGGGAGUUCGCCAACCUCAUUCGUAACAAGUUUGGCAGCGCCGACAACAUUGCCCACCUGAAGAGCUCGUUGGAAGCCGGGACAGGGCUUCAGGCAGAGGGCGGAGCCAGGGCGCUGAGCGGCAGCGCCACUACGAUUGCCAAGGCCAAGUACCCCAGCGACGACGAGUGUUCCACGGGGACCUCCGCGUCGGCCGACUCCAACGGGAACCCAGCGGGGGGGUCGGGGUUGGGGUCAGGCUGUGGACCGGGGAGGUCGGACUCUCAGGGGAGGUUGGGGGAGGUGCUGGAGGAGGUCAGGGAGAUCAGGGAGGCCCAGACACACCUGGCUGAGGACAUGGAGUCAUUGAAGAGCCAGUUCAAGAGAGACUACAGUUUUAUCACACAGACACUACAGGAGGAGAGAUACAGGUUUGAGCGGUUGGAGGACCAGUUAAAUGACCUGACAGAGUUGCACCAGCAUGAAACCAGUAACCUGAAGCAGGAGCUGGCCAGCAUUGAGGAGAAGGUGGCCUACCAGGCCUAUGAGAGAGCUAGAGACAUCCAGGAGGCCCUGGAGUCGUGUCAGACGCGUGUCUCUAAGUUGGAGCUUCAACAGCAGCAGCAGCAGACAGUCCAGGUAGAGAACACCGAUGCCAAGGUGCUGCUGGGAAAAUGCAUCAACAUCAUGCUGGCAAUCGUCACGGUUAUCCUGGUGUGUGUUUCCACUGCGGCCAAGUUCACGGCUCCCCUCCUGCGGAGCCGCGCUCACCUGGCACUCACCUGCGUGGGCUUGUCUCUUCUUGCGGUCGUCUGGAGGAACUGGGAGCAUCUUCAGUGUGCCCUGGAACGGACACUCCUCCCACACUGAGCUAGACUCCUCCCACAUGGCACUGGACUCCUCCCAUGCUAGGCUCUGCCUAGUCUCAGUUUGGUCUACUCACACUGUAUUCUGUUUUAGCGACAGAUUAAAUGAGCAGUGUACAAUGUAGCCUUUCAUGCACGCCGCUCCCAUCCAACUUCCUGUCUUCCCAUUUCCAAGUUGUCACUGAAUGGGUGAAUGUCAUUUGUAAUUUGCAUGGGGCUGCUUUAAAGAAAUGUUAUUUCUAAGUGAUGCCUGUGUGGCACUACAUUAGGAAUGGACGAAUGGCAGGAAAGCAAAUAUUCUGGGACUGAUCAGUCAGACAAUGGCUGCUGAGCAGCAUACAGGCUUAUUAAGGACAUUGAUAUGAGUGUUUGUCAACUCAAGAGAGUGUACUUUUAACCUUUAAAAGAAAACGAGGAGUCCCCUGGUUGGUUCCUGUGUCGUUUGCUGUGACAUGCUAACUUGUACAUCUUUUACACUCAUAAACCUCAACUUCAUUCGAAGCAAAUUAGCCCACAAAUCCUCUGGUGAAACACAUUUAACCGCACGUCCACAUGCAUACAGAGGUGUGUUCGUGUGUGUGGUGGGGGGAGGGGAGAUUGUUCUCCUUGAUAAAGUGUUUUGUCUGUAUCUACCUGUACUGUACUACUGUCAAGUGAUUACUUUUUAUAAUUUAAUAGUUUAUAGUUUCAGAAGGGAUUCUUUUUUAAAUGUAAUACACAGUGCACCAGAAUGAAAGGCAGGACUGCUUGUUAUUUCAGUGUACCAGUAUGAACUGCAGGACUGCUUGUUAUUUCAGUGUACCAGUAUGAACUGCAGGACUGCCUGUUAUUUCAGUGUACCAGUAUGAACUGCAGGACUGCUUGUUAUUUCAGUGUACCAGUAUGAACUGCAGGACUGCUUGUUAUUUCAGUGUACCAGUAUGAACUGCAGGACUGCCUGUUAUUUCAGUGUACCAGUGUGAACUGCAGGACAGCCUGUUAUUUCAGUGUACCAGUAUGAACUGAAGGACUGCCUGUUAUUUCAGUGUACCAGUAUGAACUGCAGGAUUGCUUGUUAUUUCAGUGUACCAGUGUGAACUGCAGGACAGCCUGUUAUUUCAGUGUACCAGUAUGAACUGCAGGACUGCUUGUUAUUUCAGUGUACCAGUGUGAACUGCAGGACAGCCUGUUAUUUCAGUGUACCAGUCUAAUCUGCUGGACAGCAUGUUAUUUAUGUGUACCAGUAUGAACUGCAGGACUGCCUGUCAUUUCUUGGUACAAGUAUGCGGUUAUGUAUAAAUGGUGUUUUAUGUACUUUAUAUAGUCGAUAGACAAAAUUAGCAACUGUGCCUGGGUGCUGAAGACCUUGCUAAGGGUCUGAUCUGUAAGGAAUGAAUAUGUGUGUGUGCUCUCUUCCAGAAAAACACCAACUGCCACCAUAGCUGUUAACAUACUAACUUGAGUGAUUUCUUGUGGCAGUCUUUAACGGAUCUUGGGAGCAGUAACCUCUGACGUUGUCGACCCAAAAAUAAUUUAUUCGUUUUUUGAAUUAAGCUCUGUUCAAAGUGGGGCUUAGAAAAGGAAUGAACUAAUACCAAGAGUGAUCAGACAGAUUUGUACAACAAUAUGGUAUGUGAUAUUCUGGCAUUUUGAAUAUUCUUUGCCUUUAUCCAAUGACAACAGAACAAAAUGUACAUUUUAAAUGCCUUCUAUGCUAUUGGCAGAUUGGACUGAGAUAGGGGAAGAAAACAAUGUAGCACUGGAUCCACCAACUCUGCACGCUACUUUUAACACUGUGUUUAAUGUUGAUGAUAGGGACCAGGCCGGAUGCAUUUUAAAUGCAACUUCUGGGUUUUAUGUUUUUUUUGUGCUUUGAUCUCAUCUCUUAAAAAGCCAAAUAUGGGUUGGUUCAAUGUGGCUGGCUGGCACGUUGAUAUUUACAUGGUCUGUUGUUAAUAUAGAGUUCCAGCUGUAACCAAUCUCUGAAACUAUUCCCUUUCUCUGGGUCUGGAGAGACAGUGGAAUCUCACAUUCCCUGCCGUGGGACAAUAAAUAUAGUUUUCUAUAUUCCAGAAUGUUAUCCCUUUUGGAGUAGCAUUGCACAUUGUGGGGUUUAAACUGGUUGUGGUUUUCCAUAACACAAUUUUUCAAAUGAGAACGAAAUAAAUGCUCUUCUAUUUCUUGAAA